GUAUUAAUAUUAUCGCGUAGUCUCCGAAUACCUCUCUACUGUUGCAUAAGCCCUCCAAUUUCUCAGUCAGUUCUCGUUCACAGGUUUAGCCAAGAUGGUGAGCGAAAGACAGAAAGUGGCUCGCAAACGAUACAAAGAAGAGCACCCAGGACUAUUCCCAAAGCCAGAGCCAACGGCAGCAAAAGACCCGAGCAAGAAGAAGAAAAAGAAGAGUAAAUUCAAGCGCAAAAAAUCAGAGGCUAAAGAACCCAGAGACCCCAGUAAACCCAUUAAAAGGAGUUUCAAAAAACAUCCACUUAGAGUCCCUGGCAUGAAGCCUGGUGAGAGCUGCUUCAUUUGUAAAGCUAAAGACCAUAUUGCUAAACAUUGCCCUGAGAAAGCUCAGUGGGAAAAGAAUAAGAUAUGCUUGUUUUGUAGGCACCGUGGACAUAGUCUAAAGAAUUGCCCUUCUAAGAAUGAAGACACUGAGAGCAAGAAGUUGUGUUAUAAUUGCGGCGAAACUGGGCAUUCACUUUCAAAGUGUCCUCAACCACUUCAAGACGGUGGAACAAAAUUUGCCAGUUGCUUCAUCUGUAAAGAACAAGGACAUCUAAGCAAGAACUGCCCUCAAAAUACACAUGGGAUCUACCCGAAGGGUGGUUGUUGUAAGAUAUGUGGUGGUGUAACACAUUUGGCAAAAGAUUGUCCUAAUAAAGGAAGCAGAAGUUCUGCCCCUACCAGAAUAGAAGCGUUUGAAGAUAGGCCAAGGGAACAGGUGACCAAAUUUGUGAGUGGUGAUGAUCUUGAUGGUGACUUUGUGAUGGAAGAAACUUCUGGCGGUAACAAAGACAAGUCUGCAUCAAAAGUUGGUUCUGUAUCCAAUUCUAAAGAUGGUAAUGUAAAGUCAAAGAAGAAACAAGAAACCAAAGUGGUAAAUUUUAUGGGAUAUUGUCAGCCCUGGAAGCUCAGAGAAUUCUCAGCCCUUUCUUUGUUCCUCAAAUUUCUCUACUACACCGCAUUCUUCUCAUCUUUCAUGUUUCCCUCAAAUUCAGGAUCUCUAUUUUUCUUCUACCCUGUUAUCCAUUUUCUCACUUUUAUUUUUCUCUGUUCUUCAUCAUCUUUUCCUUUCUUCAUUUCUCAUAAGGAUCCGAACGACAAAAUGGCGAACGCGGCAUCUGGAAUGGCUGUAGAUGAUGAAUGCAAGCUCAAAUUUCAGGAACUGAAAGCCAGGAGGAACUACCGAUUCAUCAUCUUUAAGAUUGAAAAUCAGCAGGUUGUGGUAGAGAAACUCGGCAGCCCUGGAGACUCUUACGAAGACUUCACCGCAUCUCUUCCCGCUGAUGAAUGCCGCUAUGCCGUCUACGACUUUGAUUUCACAACCAGUGAGAACUGCCAAAGAAGCAAAAUCUUCUUCAUUGCCUGGUCACCUGAUACAUCAAAGGUGAGAAUGAAAAUGGUGUAUGCGAGCUCCAAGGACAGAUUCAAAAGGGAGCUUGAUGGGAUUCAGUUUGAGUUGCAGGCAACAGAUCCCAGUGAGAUGAGCCUUGACAUAGUAAAAGGGCGAGCAACUUAGCCCCAUCAAGCUCCAUUUUCUCUAUCAUUUUUCCUAACAAUUGUGUCUUGAGAGAUGCUUUUUAUUUUUCUUUCAGUAAUUGCUUCUUACAUUUUGUUUUGUUUUGUGGGUUUCAUACUAUAUGUUGCAGCAGCUCAAUGUACUUUUAUGUUUACUUUUAUCAUGUGAAAGUGAAAUACAUUUCCAC